AAUGGCUGAGUUUCAAAUAGCCAAAUCAAUGGCAGAGGUUCUCUACAAACUACAACACUCCUCCAACUAUGAUCAUGAUGAUGAUGAUGAAUGUGAUUAUGAUCAGUAUAGAAGAAGAAGAAGGGUCUCAACAAAACUUAGCAGUGAAGAACUAGACUUGGCAAGGCUAACCGGGAUGACAGCGGAGUUAGCUAUGUCGAGGGCUAGAGAGGCGAACCGGGACUUCAAGACGGUGAUGGCGGAGACGGAGUUCAGGGUUUCGAUUGAAUUGGCGAGGAUUUUAGCGUCGACGAUUGAUCCGGUGCUUCAAGGGUUGAGGAAGGUGAAGGUGGAGGAAGAAGGAGAAGUUUGUGGAGUGUGUCAAGAUGAUAUGGAAGUGGGUGAUGAUGAGGCUAGAGCAAUGGGUUGUAUGCAUAAGUUUCAUGGUCAUUGUAUUUUCAAGUGGCUUAAGCACAAGAACGUUUGUCCUCUAUGUAGACAUCCUACUAUGUGAAGAGGGCAUGCACUAACAAAGUUGAGAGGAUUUCAAGAAUUGAGAGUGAGUUCAUAGAGACAUAGAAUACUAGUGUUUCUAGUUUUGUCAAAGAUACUAGACUUGUUUUACUUCAUAUCAUUCUUUAGAGAUUUGUUUUGUACAUCA